GCAUCCCCAUUAGAGGAUGUAAUGGGGUUCAUGGGCUCAAGUUCAUAAGCCCGAAUUGAUUUAAAAAAAUAAAAAAUGGCUUUAAUUCGUUGAACCGAUCCUUAUGGAUGAACUUAUGAAACGGGUUCAAACCACGUGUCAAUCAUUCACUGCCUUCUCCUUCCGUCACAAACAUCAUCUCCUAACCGUCUUCUCUCUUCCAAGACUCCUCCCUUCUUCUCAAAACCCUCUCUCCAGAUCCACCUUCCUCGGCGAGUAGUAGCACCGUCGAUGAGUCAGAUCCCGCCGCCACCGCCGCCGGAACAACAAUAUCCGUCAACCGUUCCGCUCUCUUCAAUCCUCCCGUCCACUCUCAUGAACCCACACCAGACUCGGAGCUCGUCAAGCACCUCAAGAGCGUCAUCAAGUUUCGUGGUCGGCCAAUCUCAGUUUGUGAGUUUGACGAGUGCAAUCCAAGGGCUCGAGUUUAGUGGCCUUGAUUUGCCGGAUUCAGUUGGAGAGUUUGUUGUUAGUGGGGUUCUCGUUCUUCAGUGCGAGAGAGUAUUGCAAUUGAUUUUACGUUUUAUGCAGGCAAAAAACAUCCUGGUGAAUCUGCAGGAAAGCAUAAUAUGGACAUCCUGGUGAAUCUGCAGGAUCGGCUAAAGAUGGUUUUGGAUUCUUGGAGAAGGAAUAUAGCAGCAGACAAGAAAAUAGCAGCAAGUAGCAUAAUAAUAUAUGUAGACUUUGGUCUGAGAAUUGGAGGGCCAUUGUAGCUGAAGCUCAAGGUCAAAGCAUUCCUUAUUCUUCUUUACGUCAUAUAAUAGCUGGCUUGUUUGUCUGUAGUAAAAACAGAGUUUUGUGAUUAUUCUGGUGAUGCUCUGCCUUAAACCUCUUCGAAAGUGAUCAAAAUUGUACUCAUUUCAUGUGUUGUUGUUCAAUGCUUUUUCCUAUUUUGUA